AUGCCAAAAAAGGAAAAGGAGGCGAUGAAGACUAAAACUGAUAAAAACAAAAACGGAGACAGUGAGCCCGAGCAAACUCGUCCAGAGAAGCAGCUAUCAUCCUUGGCAUCAGGGCCUCCACCGCCAGCGGCUAUCGUUCCUCGCGCUACCGCCGAUGGCCCCAAGCCACCAGACUGGAACGGCCAACCCAAAAGACAUGGAUCUAGCCGAUUCAACAUUCACAAUCACAACCAGGAGCUGGUGAAACUGCCGCCUAUUAAAGGUACGUUUCUUUCCUAA